UCAUAUGGGGGGAUAUUUAUAAUUUGACAGUUUUCUUUGCACAUUUUGAGGGUUAGUUUUACGCAAUUGCCUGCUUUCUUUGUGAAUCGUCUAAGAAAAUUAUAAAAUUUUCUGGAAAAUAUCUAGAUUAUUUAAUAUUGUUCUGUUUUAAUUCACAAGUAAAACUAUAGUCCGGCAUCAUGUCUGCAUUGUGUGCUGUACGUCAAGCUAGCGGUGUGACCUCUUCCGUGUUGGGAAGAUGUUCUUCGGUACGAAGAGCUCUUAGCACAGCUCGUUUAGUGCGUUUGACACAAGGAACACCAGCUGCCCUAAUGCAAUUGCAACGCUUUACUCCUAUGACUGCCACCACCCAAGGAUUCCAACAAUUUGUUCGUGAAUAUGCCAACGAGAAGAAGGUGUUUGAGCGUACAAAGCCUCACUGCAAUGUUGGUACAAUUGGUCAUGUAGAUCACGGAAAAACCACAUUAACAGCUGCCAUUACCAAAGUAUUGGCUGACAAACAAUUGGCCGAAAGUAAGAAAUAUAAUGAAAUCGAUAAUGCCCCCGAAGAGAAGGCUCGUGGUAUCACCAUUAAUGUGGCUCACGUUGAAUAUCAGACAGAGAACCGCCAUUAUGGCCACACUGACUGUCCCGGUCAUGCUGAUUACAUUAAAAACAUGAUUACUGGUACCGCCCAAAUGGACGGCGCCAUUUUGGUUGUCGCCGCUACAGACGGUGCUAUGCCCCAGACCAGAGAACAUUUAUUAUUGGCCAAACAAAUUGGUAUCAAUCACAUUGUUGUUUUCAUCAAUAAAGUGGAUGCUGCUGAUCAAGAAAUGGUCGACUUAGUCGAAAUGGAAAUCCGCGAGUUAUUGUCUGAAAUGGGUUAUGACGGUGACAAUAUUCCCGUGAUUAAAGGUUCAGCAUUGUGUGCUUUAGAAGACAAAAAACCUGAGAUUGGCUCCGAAGCCAUAUUGAAAUUAUUGCACGAAGUUGACAACUUCAUUCCCACACCUGCUCGUGAAUUGGACAAACCCUUCUUGUUGCCCGUGGAAAAUGUGUAUUCUAUUCCCGGACGUGGUACUGUGGUGACUGGCCGUUUGGAGAGAGGUGUCGUCAAGAAGGGCAUGGAAUGUGAAUUUGUGGGCUACAACAAAGUAUUGAAAUCAACAGUAACCGGUGUUGAAAUGUUCCAUCAAAUAUUGGACGAAGCUCAGGCCGGUGAUCAAUUGGGAGCACUAGUUAGAGGUGUUAAACGUGAUGAUAUCAAACGUGGUAUGGUCAUGUGCAAACCCGGCAGCGUAAAAGCUCUCGAUCAAUUGGAAGCUCAAGUAUAUAUCCUUGCUAAAGAAGAAGGUGGUCGUACCAAACCCUUCAUGUCUUUCAUUCAAUUGCAAAUGUUCUCACGUACCUGGGAUUGUGCUGUGCAAGUACAAAUUCCCGACAAAGAAAUGGUUAUGCCCGGUGAAGACACAAAACUGAUUCUUCGUUUGAUACGUCCCAUGGUCUUAGAACAGGGACAGCGUUUCACAUUGCGUGAUGGUAAUCUUACUUUGGGAACUGGUGUAGUUACCAAAGUAUUACCUCCCUUGUCCGAAAACGAACGUUCUUCAUUGACAGAAGGCAAAAAGGCACGUGAGAAGAAAGAGGUUGCUAAAAAGUAAAGCUAGUAAUAAAUAAAAUUUAUUCAUAAUGUAAGAAUUUACACAUUACUUUUCCUUUAAUUUCUAAAAUUUGGUAAAACGAAAUUGAUUGUUGUUUAGUGUGUUAUCUGAUACCAAUAUUCCAAUUGGCAGUUGUUAAAUUUUCGUUUUAAAAGCAUUUGUGGUAUAUUACUUCGAUGGUUGCCAGAAGCGUUGGCCUUAAUUUUUCUGGGGCUCUAAACAAUAGUAUCGUUUUUUAUUUCUAUAUUAAGUAAUAAUUCAAUUAUUUUUUUGCUUUGUAAAAUCAUUUUACUAAAAUGAAAAUUUAAUAAAAAUUAAAUAAAAAAAAUUAAACAAACUAAAA